AUGGGAAGCGGUGUAGCUCUCUUUACCCUUUCCCUUCUCCUCGCGACGCAUCAGGUGCAUUCUGCAAUCGGCGUGAACUGGGGAACGGUGUCGUUUCACAAGCUGAGACCUUCCACGGUGGUGGAUCUCCUCAAGGCAAACAAGAUAACCAAAGUAAAGCUCUUCGAUGCCAAUCCAGAUGCGCUUCGAGCUCUAAUGGGUACCGGAAUCCAAGUCAUGAUCGGCAUUCCCAACGAGAUGCUCUCCACUUUCAGUUCUGAUCUCUUUGUCCAGCAGAAUCUCUCUCGCUUCAUGGGCAAAGGCGGUGCUGACAUCAGGUACGUUGCCGUAGGGAAUGAGCCGUUUCUUACGGGUUACAAUGGCGAGUUUCAGAACUAUGUUGUCCCAGCUAUGCUUAACCUACAACAAUCCUUGGUGAAAGCGAAUCUAGCUAGCUAUGUGAAGCUGGUGGUUCCUUGCAACGCAGAUGCGUACGAGUCUAAUGUUCCUUCCCAAGGGAUCUUCAGGCCCGAGCUCACACAGAUCAUGACUCAGCUGGUUUCAUUUCUCAACUCCAACGGCUCCCCUUUCGUUGUCAAUAUCUAUCCUUUCCUUAGUCUCUAUGAGAACUCAGAUUUCCCGCAAGACUAUGCGUUUUUCGAAGGGAGUAGUCAUCCCGUUCUCGAUGGGCCUAACGCCUACUAUAAUGCGUUCGAUGGGAACUUCGACACUCUUGUUGCUGCUCUCACCAAGCUUGGAUAUGGUCAGAUGCCCAUCGUUAUCGGCGAGAUUGGCUGGCCUACGGAUGGAGCACUCGGCGCUAACCUCACUGCAGCGCGGGUUUUCAAUCAAGGGCUCAUUAACCAUCUGCUGAGCAACAAAGGAACACCGCUCAGGCCUGGCUCUCCUCCUGAGGAUGUCUAUCUUUUCGGUUUGCUUGACGAAGGAGCCAAGAGCACACUGCCUGGUAACUUCGAGAGGCACUGGGGGAUCUUCUCUUUCGAUGGACAGGCCAAGUAUCGUCUCAACUUGGGAGUAGGAAACAGAGGACUCAAGAACGCCGAGAAUGUGGAGUACCUUCCUUCAAGGUGGUGUGUGGCUCACCCGUCAAGGGACAUGGCACAAGUUGCAGACCACUUGAGGGUUGCUUGCAGUGAAGCAGAUUGCACGACGCUCGACGAAGGUGGCUCGUGCAGCCAGCUUGGCGAGAAGGAUAACAUCUCGUACGCUUUCAACAGUUACUAUCAGCUGAAGUUGCAAAAUGAAAAGAGCUGCGACUUUGACGGGCUUGGCAUGGUCACUUUCCUUGAUCCUUCAGUUGGAGAUUGUAGGUUUCUUGUGGGCGUUACAGAUAAAGACUCAUCGUCAGGUGCUGAGCUAAUGGCAAGGUGGGAUGUCUACAACAUUUGCAUUGGAGUUGUGGUAUGGGCUCUCUUAAUGUAA